CAUCAUUUAAUUCAACCAUCCAAGCAUUACACAGAAUCAAUUAUGACUAAGGCGAAUCGAAGCUACUGCUGCUGUUGUGUCCCAUUCCGCUUUGCGGUUGCGAUUUUUUCGACGAUAGCCCUUGCCCUUGGAGGCGCCAGUCUCUGGUCUGUUCUCCGAGUUGGAACCACAGACUCUACCACUCGGAUCGCAGCAUACAUUGCCACGGGUGUUUAUGGGCUUCUCGGUGUGGCAGGUCUGAUAUCCGUGUUCUUCAAGAAGUAUGCAUUGGCUAAGAAUUUCUCGGUCCUGUGGUGGACUGUCACUUUCUUGGUCACGGUACUCUCUGUGAUCAACAUCAUUUUCUUGGCAACGCGUGAGAAAGAGGCAGUCAUGGGCCUUUGCAGGACCCAACUGUUGAAGGACGAUGACAGAUACUUUGGGCCUUACGACCCCAAUAGUCUGUUCGAGGAUGUGGAUGGCUGUUAUAGAUGGGUUAUGAUCAUCACAGGCAUUUGCACGGCUGUCCAAGUAGUGCUGAUGGCAAUCGGAGGAUGGGUGGCUAGCAAGUACACAAGCGAAGUGAAGCACCACAAGGAAGGGUUGACUUACACUUAUGGCCAGGGAUAUGGUCCUGUUACUUCUCAGCCUCAGCACCCACCAUACCAACCUGCGCAUCCCUACACUCACAUCAGUGGCAAGCACUAAACAAAGACAUACAGUAUAUUGCAAAAGAAAAGAUAGCAUAUUGCAAAUCAAACCGCUUCCUGUAUAUAAUACCUUGAUACCACAAUUUCAAUAACAACAAUAAAGUUCAUGCCAAGAGUAGAUUGAC